CGAGUGUGGGUAGCUUUUCCUCUCUUCCAGAGAGGAGGCGCGAGAAAAGUGAGGUUAGGCUUGCGCUCGCGGCGAUGGCGGCGAUAAAGGGCCUGGGCAGGAACAUCCCUUACCUGCGGCAACAGGCCGCGGCCCUGCUCGGCAACACCAGCACCAGCGUCAAGUCGAUCUGCGUGGUGGUGCUGUUUUCCUACUGCCUGUCCUUCUCCGAGGAGGCGGUGCGCAUCCUGAGCGUCACGCCAGGUUACCUGCUGCCGCCGGUCUUCUGGUUCUGGACGGCCUUCAGCUUCUGCUUCCUCGAGAUACACUUCUGGGAGGUGUGCGUGGACAUCGUCACCGUCGGCCUCUGCGGCAAGCUGAUCGAGCCCCUCUGGGGCGCCUUCGAGAUGAUGACGUUCUUCGCCAUCGUCAACUUCGGCGUCGCCGUGCUCUCGGCGCUCUUCUACCUGUUCCUCUACAUGUGCACCAACAACCCGGACCUGCUCUUCAACAUACACAUACACGGUCUGACCGGCUACAUCGCAGGAGUCGCGGUGGCGGUGAAGCAAAUAAUGCCAGAUCAUAUCUUGGUGAAGACACCUAUUGGGAAGAUCACCAACAGAAAUAUACCCUUGAUGGUGUGGAUCGUGGGAUUGAUAUUGUGGCUCGUCGGCCUGCUGGAGGGUACUCAUCCCACCAUGUUCCUCAGCGGACUGUUGAUAUCCUGGACAUACCUGAGAUUUUAUCAAAAGCACAACAACGGCACUCGAGGGGACAUGGCGGACAACUUUACGUUCGCGAGUUUCUUCCCAAAUGUCCUGCAGCCACCGAUAGCCGUGGUGAGUAACACCAUACACGGGUUUUUCGUGCGUAUCGGACUGUGCCGAAAAGUAGUGAGAAGAUUCGACAUGUCCAACACGCCGCCCGGCUUGGUUAUCAAUCUUCCUGGUAUCGAUCCUCACGACAGCGAGCGACGCCGGCAGAUAGCGUUGAAAGCGCUGAGCGAGAGAUUGAGCAGAGACCACGCGAAACCUUGGCAACCGGACAGGGCGAAGAAACACUCCCCAGUGCCUCCCGCGGUCUCCAUACCGAUACCCGAGUCCACCACACCCAAACCGCUCGCAUCUCCACUCAUUCCACAAGUCAAUGUCAAUAUACAUAAUCAUCCCUCUAGCAGUACGUGAUUAUACGAGACUGACUGAUUUCAAUAGGUUUACAAAUUACACUGGAAAGCUUCUAAACACAAGUGUGAGGCGCAGGCUUGUAAUAUGGCUAUACUCGAUAAUGGGUACAAAUCCUAUUUUUUUAAUCGUGUAUCUGUAAAUAUAGAGCGGGUUAUCAAUAUAAGUACUAAAAAUUUGUUUUUCGCGGAGAGCGGAUACAGUUGAACUUCAUAAAACUAAUAUAUGUAGGAUUCAGUUCAUUAACUAUUUUUAUAUACACUAAAUUAUUUAUUUAUUCAUAUAAUAUUCACGUAUGAUGAAAUACAAUACCGUGGAAAAAUUGUACAUUAAAUAGCUUAUGUAAUCCGAUAGGGAGAUCUUAAGUCAGUAACUAUUUUGAUGCGAAUAUAAAUUGCAAGUUUUUCAUCUUACUCCUCCACGCAGAGUUGAGAGUUUCAUUUUACAAUACGUUAGAAACAAAAAUUUCUGAUUGGAAAUUAAUAUACUGCCAUUCAAGAGAAAUGCUUAAUAAAUAAAAACGGUACGUCAUAUUUCUUGAAACUUUUAUAUAUUUAUUUUUGUGUACUAAUAAAGUGUCUUUCACUAUAAAAUAUCGUUGCAUAUAAUGAAUUAUGGGAUUAUACUCUUUAUUGAGUAUCUUGUCACAUUAAUGCCAGUUUAAAAAGUAAAUAAUCUUUAAAAGUUUUGUAUCGACAUGUGAGAAAGGUAAAAAUCAAGGUAUCUUACGAUGCUCUUUUCCAAGAAACGAAACAAUUCUUUGUUAUACUAAAGAUGGUGUAAAAAAAUUAUGACAUGAGAAUUUUAAUGUCACAUAAAAAGGCGACCUCAUAGGUUUACAGUGCCAUAUGAUUAGAGCACACUAUUCCAUCAAAAAGUCCAAUGAUGAUUAGAUGACGAGAUAAUUAGAUACUUCCAGUGCAAUACACACAGCAACGUAAUUCUGUCAAGAAAACAUUAAAAUUGAAGAAAGUGAAAAUUCAAUCUUGCUUUAAAAUAAAUUUUGUACUGUCGAAAACGCGGAAGAGAUUGGAUAUUAUGUCAAUGUUUAACUUAUACAUGUAUAUGUUGAAAUCGGCUAGUUAUGAAGAUGUGCAGGGAAAGUUCUGCACGUUUACAUUUAAAUUAAAACAUAUAUAUAUAUCUAUAUUUUUCCAAUAAAAUGUUCUAAAUCAUUAUAAUCGACAUAGAAUAUAACAUUAAUUUGCUUUCUUAUCAUCAGCUCUAGUUUUUUAAGUUUCCGAUGUUAUACAUGAAAAUGUAUAAAAUUUUCAGUUUAGAUUGCAUAAUUUUAUUUUGUACAGGAUCGUUUAUUUUAUGUAAAUUGCGUAGUUAAUGUUAUAAAAUGUAUAACAUUUUUCAUUCAUUCAUAGAUACAUUCGUAUAUACAUAAACGGGAGUGCGUGACGGGGGUGGAAGAUAGUUUUAAAAAUAAUAACUGUAACGAAUAAUGAGAUAUCUUGUAUAUAAAACUUCACGAUUACAGACGAAGUUGUAAAUAUACUUAAAGAUUUAUGUAAAGGGAACAAGAGUUAUUAAAAAGGGGCAGUGAUUAUGUAUAGCAAAGUUGCUAUAUAUAAUCAUUCCAUUUACAUAUAAUGGAAUGAUAUUAAAAGCUAUUUUUAUGUAUGGUGUAAAAUUUUGAAACUACGUGGUUGUAUGUGUUCCGAGUAAUUUUGGCCGUCUGUUUAACGCAAUGUUAUCGACGAUCUUUUAAGUACUUUUAUUAUGAGUAUUUAGUCAACUAAUAUUUAUUACUGUCUGAAAAAUGGAAGGCCAAAAUUAAUUGAGUGUGAAUAUGAGUAUUUGUUGAAUUCACAGGAAGAGAGCAUGUUUUAAGAAUCUAAUGUAAUUAUUACAUGCAUAUGUACAUGUUAUAUAUAUAUAUAAUAUCAUUAAUUUUGUACAUAAGUUACAAUCGUUACAAUCUGUACAAUAUUAAAUUCUACCGACAAAA